UAGGUAUAUAAAAAGCGCACAGUCGCAACAUAGAACGAGUUACCGUGAACAAUUCCUUAGUUCGAAACUCCCGACACGUCCAGUCAUCAGCCGACCGUCGCGUUGCUCGGUCGCGUAUGGCUGUGCAGACAUAAUACUCUGUGAGGGAAUUGUUUAUUUACGUCGACGGUAUUAGAACCGUGACUCACGCGUACACCGAACCUCACGUCUGCAUCGCGCGUGCCUUAACAUUAUCAAACAUUAAUUUACGAUAUGAAUUUGUGGUGAAUUAAAAAAAAAUCAUUUGAGAUGGGAAAGAUCUUUCUUCCACAUGUAUCACCGGAAACGCCGAAUCCGUCUACAUCAAACCUUCAAAACACGACCGAGAUAGAAAAGGACAGCAUGAGACAAAAUUAUGACGAAGCUACAACAAAUGAUAAUGACAACGACAAGGAUGGUUCCAUAUCUGACUGGGUUUCGGGGGGUCCGUUCGGCUCGAAAGGAGCGGUACUGGUCUUCCGAUCAUGUGUCCUAGCCUCCAGAACUCCUUCAAUGGAGUCUACCACGAAAACCGUUGGUAACAACACUGGAACGUCUAUCUUAUUGAAUAAGGCCAAGAAUAUGGCGAGGAGACUGGUCGCAGAGCCCCAUUCGUUUAGCGUUAGACCUAAGAAUGUAAUGCACGAUGUUAUGGAGACUUUUGGGAAUAGCAAUAAAUACACAGGACAAGCAAUAGUAGUGAGACACGUUAGUGAAGCGGAAUUACCUAAGACUGAGUCGGUGGCGGAGCAAGGACACGAACCGGCCGAACACAAACGGGACAUCCAGGACGUUUUAAACGAUUUAAGCAAGAUCACUCUGAAGAAACAUCUGAAUAUCGAGAACACGACAGCACAGAUAAAGCCACCUGAAGACCCUCCACCGAAAGAUGAUGAUGAUAAGAAGUCGAAAAAGAUCAGAGCGAAAAGCAAACGCAAGACUCAGAUACAGCGCUCCGUGUCGCCGGUGCUGGAGAGUGAGGACUCCGAACAUUUGCUAGUCAAAGACGUCGACAGUAUCAAGGUAUUAGAAAGCACCCACAUGCCGGCCCGUCUCCUCAAGAUAACCUACAAGCUGGUCAACACGGAGACCAAACUCCUGCAGAGGCUACUACAGGCCCACGGACUGCAGGAGACGACUAUAGACUCCAAAGACUUCAAUCUAUUGUGGUCGGGCUUGCAUCCCAAACCUGACGUGCUACGGUCUUUGUCGCCAUACCAAAGGGUGAACCAUUUUCCUAGGUCGUACGAGUUGACCCGCAAAGACAAGCUGUUCAAGAACAUCGAGAAGAUGCAGUACUUCCGCGGCCUGAAGCACUUCGACUUCAUACCGACCACGUUCCUUAUGCCGGCGGAGUACAAGGAGCUUUGCACCACGCACUACAGGACCAAGGGACCCUGGAUCGUGAAGCCGGCUGCCUCCAGCCGAGGUCGCGGCAUUUACAUCGUCAACACGCCAGAACAGAUACCGAAGGGGGAAAACGUGGUGGUAGCGAAGUACAUAGACAAGCCCCUCCUCAUAGGGGGCCACAAGUGCGACCUCCGCCUGUACGUGUGCGUGACCUCGAUGGACCCCCUACUCAUUUACUUGUACGAGGAGGGCCUGGUCAGGUUCGCCGCCGUCAAGUACGACCACACCAACAAGAACCUGUGGAACCCGUGCAUGCAUCUCUGCAACUACAGCAUCAAUAAGUACCACACGGACUACAUUAAAUGCGACGACCCGAACGCUGGCAACAUCGGUCACAAGUGGACGCUGUCGGCGCUGCUCCGGCACCUGAGGAAGCAGGGCCGGAACACCACGGCGCUGAUGGCCGCCAUCGAGGACCUGGUCGUCAAGUCCAUACUGUCCUCGGCGCAGACCAUCACCGCGGCCGCCAGGGUCUUCGUUCCCAAUCACUUUAACUGCUUCGAACUCUUCGGCUACGACAUCCUCAUAGACGACGUGCUCAAGCCCUGGCUGCUGGAGAUCAAUCUGUCGCCCAGCCUGGCGUGCGAGAGUCCGCUGGACGCGCGCGUGAAGUCAGCGCUGCUGGCGGACACGCUGACGCUGGUGGGGCUGCCCGCCGUGCCCGCGCCCGCCGACCGCAGCACCUCGCUCAAGAUGAGGAUCGGCGCCUGUCGGCGCGUGCACUCGGCAGAGAACGUUUGCAACGGCAAGGGGACCGCCCCCGCCCCCGCCCCCACCCCCGCCGCCGCGGGCGCGCUCAGCGGGGAGGAGGCCCGGCUCGUCAGGGCCGUGAAGGCGCAGUACCAGCGCCGCGGCGGCUUCGUCAGGAUCUUCCCGAGCCUCAACUCUUGGCAGAAGUAUUCUCAGUACUUGGAUCCUGUGUCCGGUGUGCCGGUGUGCUCCACGUCCCUCCGGGGCGGCGGCGGGUACCCUGUGGUGUCCCACAAUUACAACCUGGUGCUGCACGCGCACGCACUGCCACGCACCGCGCCCGCCGCCUGCCUCACGCACACGCCUGCACGGUUAAAGCGUUACGAAGCGGUGAGCGUGACGUCCACGGCGCCGGCCAUCAGGCUGUGCGAGCCGGCGCCGCCCCCGCAGCACGACGCGCGCCGCGCCAAGGAGCUGGUGCGGGAGCAGCUCGGCGCCGGGAUGACGCUCACUACGGGUGAGAGCCGUCGCUUGUUCGGCCUGUACUUGUCGCUGGUGCUCAAGAGGAUCACGAGUGCUCACAGUUCUGCCGCGCGACACGCCGCACUCGUCCUGCGCUUCCUACGGCGAGCCUCGGCCGCGCUCCGGCUACCCUACCACGUACAGGGCCCGCCCGCCAAGAUGUGCGACAAGGACCGCUGCGCCGUGAUCGCCAAGCAGCUGAACGACUUCCUGUACAUGUACCACCGGGAGACCGACCUCUGCACCGACGCAGAGGACCGCGCCGGCCGCGUCUCCAACAUACACUUCGCGCAGUUCCUGUCCUCCGCCAGCGAAGCCGACCUCGAGGAGAUCCUGCUGCUGGUGCUGAAGACUGACAAGUACACGAUCAAGUUCCUGGGCGAGUCCCGGUGCCAGCUGUGCGUGGACAUGCCGCCCGACAGGCUGGAGGGCGACGCGUGCCGCCCGCAGAGGCACGCGCUGCUGCGGCACCUCGCCGCGCUCGUGCCGGCCAGCAGCCGCCGCUACAGACCAUCAAUUGACUCCCAAAGCCGUUCAGAACCGGAGGAUCGAGAGCACUCCCCGACCCCCCUCCCGAGCUCCGACAUCGUCCUAAAAGAGUCACUCAAAGAAGAAAAACCUUUCACGCAAGCUCUCAAAUACGCGAGGUCAUAACAUACAAUGAUAAAUAUAAAAUUAGCCGCGUUUUCAAAAUAUGGGUCUGCAGGCAACACUGAAAAUAUUUUUUUAUUAUACUGGCAAUAUAUGUGUUCAGAAAAUUGCAAUAAACCAGUAAUUUAAAUUUAAUUUCUAGGUUCAAACAUGGGUCUCUUAAAAUCGAAGCGGGGAUGUAACUGAAAGUUACGUUGACCCAAAAUUUUAGCGCCUCUCAAUUGUGUAACAACGUAGCUGGAAGGAAUCUCAAAUUGAUAUCAGUUUAGAAAAUAGUGUGUGUGUGUUGUGUUUGAUAAAAAUUUAUUAAUGCGCAUUCGUGCCGCGAGAGGGCGGACGGGUAGGUAAUUAUCAAACUACCCUGAACUCUAGUCCCAAUUAAUUAACACAGUGGUCAGUGUUGUAAAUAUGAAGUUUGUAUAAAAACCAAAGGUAGAAAUACGCCUAACAGCUGUCGUUGCUUGUCUCUAUCUAAAAAACUAUUAGGAUUUGUAGACUAAUCUAAAACAUUUUCAUAUUAAUUUGUACUAACGAAUAAAGGGGGUAAAGUCGAUUAUUCACAAAGGCGAGACUUGCCUCCUGCGGACAACAUGCGAGAUUCUUCUAAUAUUUAAACACAAUUCAUGUACUUACAUAGAUGGAUUAUCUUUGAAAUAUCAAUAAUAUUUAUAUUAAAUUUUAAGCGCGGCUUCAUUCGCGUUAAUAUACAAAGAAAAACCGCUUGAAUAGUAUAAUUUUUUGUGAAUGUGCAGUGGCUUUUUCUGACAAUGUGCGCGCGUAACUAGGACCGUUCGUGCAGUUGAGGCGUGUAUGCGUGACAAACUCACUUUCGCAUUUAUAGUAUUAGUAUGGAUGUAGAGUAUAUGAGGUUACUUAGUCAAGUUAUAGUUACCACGGAGUAGGUGCUGCGAUCAGUGACGUCACUUGUAGUCACUUAGGGGCAUCGGGACGGAUGUUACAAGUCGGCGGUACUUACGUCAGAAAUAAUACAAGUAAUUGUGAUUCUAAAUCUUAAUGAUGAGUAUUAAUUGUUUAGAGUAUUUAUUCAUUAGCUUUCGUAUAUUUGAUGCUGACUUAAAUUUCAACAUUUUGCCUGAAAACUAUUUUUGUAAACACUUGUAAUGCGUAAAGUAUAUUACAUAGACAAGUAUAUUCGUGUAGAUUCAUGGAAAAUUGUAUUUAUUUUUAUCGAAAAGUAUAAAUUAGAAGAGUAUUUAUUUAUAUUACUACAUGCCUUAAACGCUAGCUUUACAUGCAACGAAAUUACAAUUUUUUGAUAUAAAAUAGAUAUUUGUAGCGAGUUUGAACAUAUUAUUCGUGUUCCUCACUAAGUAUAUUGUGGCAUUUGUAGUCUCCUAAAUUAUCUAUAAAAAUGUUUUUGUGUUUUAUUAUAUUUUCCUACAUUUGUUUGAAAAAUUA